AGUAUGACAGCGGUCCCUGAGGUGCCUCUGACGUCAUCUCUCUGCGACACCUGCCAAGACUGGAGGACAUGAACGAGCAUGGGACACCUUGGAGGUUUAUUUAUCUUGAUAUCUUGCAUCACCCAGCAUCACAUUAUAGCUCACACACUCCCUGCCUGUCACCAGCAACUGGAGUUCAGGUGUAAACAUGGAUCGUGCAUCCCAAAAGAGAAGCUCUGUGACAGACACAAAGACUGUGACGACGGAUCAGAUGAACAGCUCUGUGGUGAGAGUCUGCCAAGGUGUAAGAAGGACGAGUUCUCCUGCUUCAACAGCAGACGCUGCCUACCCUCAAAUUUAUUAUGUAACGGUGUGGAGGACUGUGGCGACGGCAGCGAUGAGGACUCCUGUCCGAGCUGCGCCACUGGCCUCUUUUCCUGUGGGCCGUCAGACGGCUGCUUGCUGAUGCCCCGUCUGUGUGAUGGACACGUGGACUGCAAAGACGGACGGGAUGAGAUCCAAGAGUUUUGCGCUUUGAGUCGAGCCCGUCCACAGAGUGCUCCCUCUUGUUUGCCGUCUGAGUUUGAUUGUGGUGACGGCAAAUGCAUCCUCCACACUUGGAGAUGUGACAACAAAGCAGACUGCCCAGAUGACAGUGAUGAGAACAACUGUGAGCAAAAUGAGUGCCUGGUCAAUAAUGGAGGCUGUUCUCAUCAUUGUGUGGAUACAGCAAUGGGCUUCCACUGUGAAUGUCCUGACCACAUGAGGCUUGUCGGGAAUAGUUACUGCGAAGAGGUGGAUAUUUGCCUGGAGAACGACUUUUGCGACCAGUUGUGCAUUCACUCUAACGACACGCUCGCUUGUGACUGUCUCGACGGCUAUCACAUGAUCCCUAUGAGUAGAGACUGCAAAGCCAAAGGGGUAGAUGCCCAGCUUCUUGUGUCCACAUCUCAAGGAGUUGUUCAACUGGUUCUAAGUGGUGCAGCAUCCAGGAUGUUGGCAGUACACAGAUCAGGACCUGGGCCUUUGGCAGCCUUGGCCUCUAACAACACACUGUACAUGGCCCACCAAAGACAAGGGUCCAUUUACAGGGUCCACUUAAGUGGAAAGGCCCAGCAUGCCACAUUGCUCAUGCAUGUUCCCAGUCCGGUCUCAGGGCUGACUGUGGACUGGAUUCACCAUCUUCUCUACUGGACCAGUUUGGAGAGUGAUUCCAUUAAUGUCAGCUUGCUUGAUGGCUCCACACAGCGCCAACUCAUCACAGGACUGGACACACCUUGUGCACUCACAGUGGACCCUCUACAUGGACUUCUCUUCUGGGCCCAGUGUGGAAGCUUGCCAAAGAUUGAGAGGGCAAAUUUAGGUGGCCAGGACACAAUGACUUUGGUCAGUUCUCUACUACAGAACCCAGUGGCUCUUACUUUGGAUAUGCCUCGUCAGUUGCUGUACUGGCUUGACAGGGGCAUGAGAAGCAUCUCCAGAGUGACUCUAGAUGGGCAUCAUCGUAAAACGGUGGUUGAGUCAAAUGGCUAUUUGGAUCAGCCUUUUGACCUGGCGGUGUUUGAGGGUUUUGUGUACUGGAGUGACCAAGACACACAUUCGGUCUGCAGAGCCAAUAAGCACAGUGGCAGUGAUUUUCAACUACUUUUGACAAAUGUCUCCUCAGCAGCCGGCAUUGCCAUCAUUCAGCCUGCUCUUCAACCUAACAGUAACGCACCGUGCGGCAAGCCUGGGAGAGUGUGCAAGCACGACUGCAUUGUUGAUCUCCUUUCAGAGACUCUCAGCUUUAGUUGCGUUGGAAAGGGGAACAAUCCGUCCCAAGGCAUACCUGCUAUUUCACGCACCAUUCCUGCUUCCCGUUUAUCUGAUCUUGAAUUUACGGGAAUCCUCUCUGUUAUUGUGUUUCUCAGUGUGCUGCUGGUGGGGACAUUUCUGUGGUGGUGGAGAGUGGGGUUCAGGCCUGCAAGGAAUCUGACAGAGCAAAGCUUCUCCCUCAAAGAGUCCCAGGAUCCCCUCAUUCAUGGUCCACGUGAAUGUCUCAGCAAGGAAACUCUUAAGCUGGACUUGGACAGUGAAUGAAGACGCUUUGACACAGAUGGCCGGACGCCUUCACCCCCCCCCCCCCCCUUUCCUCUGUUGAGCUGCUGUGACUACUAGCCGAUUACUCGACUGUGGCCCAGUUAUUGCCGUGGGCUCCAAAAGUACCAUAACUGAGUUGGAGGUGUCAGUCUGAGGUUUGACAAACCACAAGGUCAUUUGUAUCAUUACUGUCAUCACUUUUCACUCCACAUGUAGGAAUUGGUCGAGCUUGAUCAUUCCUAAAAGCGCAAAAUACUGUAUCAAUUUACUUAGAAUUGUAGUAGAAAUUACCUCAAGACCUUGAUUUUCCAUUAUUACAAAGCUGAAUGUGAAGUUCUGACACCAGACAUUCAAGUUUUUAAUUUCUGUUUUCGCCUUGUUUUUUUCCCCUCCAUCAUUUAUUUUGAAUAUCUUGUUGUCCAACCAAGUAAAAGACUGGAGCCAUACCUUCUAUUCAGUUUUCCCCCUUUUCUAGCUAUUUUGAUAAAUUAUGCAACAUGAUGGUGCCUUAAUCAAGAGCACAGACAUUCUUAAAUUGUCUUCAAAUGAAUUAUGUUUUGUUUUGAUACCUAAAGGAUGGGCUGUCAUGUCUUCCCGAAGGUGUUUAAACAAGCUUCCUUUGACUCUCAGUUGUAAAUUGCAUGUAGUUUUCAGUUUCUUCAAUGUUAGGUUCUAUCGUGUGUGGAAAGGCUUGCUUUGUUUUUCCAGUACGAGUUUGAUUGAUUUUUUUUUUUUUUUAAGUCAUAGUUGGAUUGACUUUACUUUAAAUUGCAUAGAACAACCUGACUAUCAAAAAAGGUAUGGUACAAACUGCUGUUUUGUUAUUUAUUGGAGAGAGACUUUUAGUUACAUGUGUGCUGUAGCACUUUUGUAUUGCACCAUGAAUUAAACUG